CCUUUCAUUUUUAGAUCAAAUAAAAAAAAAAAAAAAACCCAUAAAAAGCAAUUCACAAUUUCAUUUUCCAAGUUCAGAUUUCUUUCUUGCAUUAAUCAAGUAGCUCUGUUCAGUCUCCAGCUCUCCAUUUCUCUCCUCUCUGUGUACACUAAAAAUAGCAAAAAAAAAGAAAAUAUUAUUAUAUUUAUUAUAUUAUAUACUAAUAAUAUAGAAAAAUAUAGUUGAUAGUGGUAAACAAGGGAGAAAGGAGGAGAGAGGGUUUUGUUUGAAGGGAAGUGGGAAAAAAGGGGAAAAAUCGAUUUUUGAGAGAAGAUGAGCGGUGGGGGGUUUAGGGUUUCAAUCCCAAGCAGCGUGAGCAAAACGGUCCAAAACAUAAAAGAGAUCACGGGUAAUCAUAGUGAAGAUGAGAUUUAUGCAAUGCUUAAAGAAUGUUCUAUGGAUCCCAAUGAAACCGCUCAGAGGCUCCUCCUUCAGGGUCCUUUUCAUGAAGUCAAAAGAAAGCGUGACAGGAAAAAAGAGAGUUUGAACAACAAAGAGUCUGCAGAGCCUCGGUGGAGAUCUGGUCCACAGGGAAGGGGGACUAGGGGUGGCCGGGGGAAUUUCUCUCCUCCUUAUAUGGCACAUGAGGCUGGUGGUUCCAAGAGUUCUGGUCCUGGGAGAGAUAAUGGAACGAAUCAAGUUGCAGAGAAAGGCAGUGGCCAAUCCUUGUUAACCUUGCAGGAGGCAAAAACUAAAGAAUAUACUCUCAUUGCCAGCCCUUUACCUGUCAUGGCCAAUGGUCCUACUGGUGUAGUGGCUGAAACCUCUUCUGCACCUCCAAGAAAUGUUGCCAAUCAACCUCAAGAAAAUUCAACUAUUGGUAACAAUGAGUUUGUGAGUGCACCAUCCCCUGUUGAUGCAAUAAACAUACCAACCAUUGCAUUCGGAAGAGGGAACAUGAAUGGGCAACCUGCAGCAAGCUCUAGUGACUGCUUCAUGUCAAGUGCUCCAGCAUCUUCAUCAGCAAUCUGCUUCUCAUCUUCAGACCCUGUACUAGUUCCAUCCAAUGAUUCUCGGCUCCUCGGGACUUUGGGCACAAUCAAACGUGAAGUGGGAAGCAACCGGGCUUCUACAGAACCAAAUGCAGUUAUUCCUACUGAAAACAAAUCCGCUUCUGCAGCUACCGAAAUUAGUAGCUCUUUCUUGCAAGAAAAUAUGCCAAGCAAAUCCUCCGGAGUAGUGAAAAAUCCGCUGAGUGAGUCUGCCCAACCUUUGUCUACAGCAACCCAUGGUUCCUCUACGAGUAAGCCUUCAUCCAAUUAUGGUGGCCGCCCACAACAAAUAAUUUUUCCUCAGAAAGUUGGUUCUAACAAGGAGUGGAAACCAAAGCCAACCAUCUCUAAUGUUGGGCAAGGUUCUGGAGCAGCUGGUGCAUCUGAAGUUCCUACUGUUUCACUUGAUGCCAAUGCUCAGUUGCAGCCUGUUUCAAGUGUUCUUGACUCAGAAAAAGCAACUUCAAAAUUGCAGAAGAAGCUGGAGGAGUUACGUCUCCCUCAACGUCAACAUGUUAUAAUUCCAAAACAUAUCCAUGUCCCUGAAUCUGAAAGAACCAAGCUGAGUUUUGGAAGUUUUGAUGCUAGUUUUGGAGUAACAUUGAGCUAUGUUGGUGAUCAGGAGAGUGAUAAGAGUUCUACACCUUUGUCUGAGUCUUCUCAGGGUGUUGAUGAAACUGCAGAGGAACAGGCUUCGAGCAAUAAAAAUGCAUUGGCAACUGCCGAGGAAGGAGAUUACAUUGAUCAUCCACAAUCACCUGCACAUGCACCUGAAAAUUUGUCUGGUGAUGGUGAUGUCUCUAGUUCCAUUCCCGAGUAUAAUGAAAACAAGCAGGAGACUGCAUUACUCUCUGGAGGCCAGCAAUACUCUGUGGUCCAUACAUCUCCUAACUACAGUUUUGGAUUUGUGCCUCCUAUGUUAGUGCCAUUUGAAAACACCGAAUCUCAAGCACAUGAAGUUUCUCGCCUUUCAAGCUUUGUCCCAUUGGAUCCAGCAACUUAUUAUGGCCAAUUCUACCGUUCAAGUUCUGAUAAUGAUGGUCGUGUUUCUCCCUUUCCUUCUUCUGGAGUUGCCACAAAAUAUAAUGGGAAUGUUGCAGUACUUCCUCCACAGACUUCUCAGUCUCCUCAAGAGGGUGGAAACUCUUUGGUACUGACUACAGCAAGUCCAACUCCGCUAGUGACUCAAGCUGCUGGGCUGAUGCAAAGUUCAAUAGCUGUGACCCAGCAACCAGUCCCCGUCUACCGCUCAGCGGCUGGGGUGCAUUUACCGCAUUAUCCUCCAAACUACAUUCAAUAUGCACCCUUUUACUCUCCUUUCUAUGUUCCUUCUCCUGCAAUCCACCAAUUUAUAAACAAUGGAGUGUUUCCUCAACAACCACAAGCUGGUACUGUUUAUCCUUCAGCACCAGCAGCGCCUACUACAGGAGUCAAAUUUCCACUUCCUCAAUUUAAACCUGGAACUAAUACAGCGACUUCUACUCAUAUUGGAAUGCCAAGUGGUUAUGGGCCAUAUGGCUCCUCCCCAGCUGGUUAUAAUCUAAGUUCUGCUGCGACAACUGGGAACUCAACCACAAAUGAGGAUCUCGGUGCAUCUCAGUUCAAGGAAAGCAAUGUCUACAUCACUGGGCAGCAGAGUGAAGGUUCAGCUGUAUGGAUUGCUCCUCCUGGUAGAGACAUAUCCAGCCUGCCAGCAAGUUCGUUCUAUAACCUUCACCCUCAGGGUCAGAAUGUAACUUUUGCUCCAACACAGGUUGCUCCUGGCUCUUUUGCUGGUAUCUAUCAUCCACAAGCAGUAACAGCAGCAGCUGUUCAUCCUCUUCUACAACAGGCUCAGACUAUGGCUGGAGCUGUUGAUAUGGGGGGACCUGCUGCCAGUGUUUAUCAGCAGCCUCAACAUGCACAGAUGAACUGGCCCAGUAACUACUGAAACAGGGAUAGAUUUGUUCUUUUUUGUAAACCAUCGAAACAAGAUAUUCAAUGUCCAAUAUUGGGGUAUUUUUGGGAACUCCAACAGGUUUGAAUGGAGGGGAGCAUCAAUAAGAUACAUCAAUGGCCAGAGUUGAGAAUGUAAAUCUGUUUGAGGAGGCCGGGAAAAAAUUUACCAAUAGUAUCCUCUGUUUACUUGGGUUGAGGGCAUAAAAGAUCCGGCUCGCCUGUAACUGAUAUCGACUGUUAAAAGUUAGUGAAGGUAGGCAUGUGCAGGUCUCUUGCUAUAUGGUGUUACCAAUUUUCCUUUUCAUAGUUUAAAGCUUUUGCCCCUCAUUUUUCCUUGUCAAGUUUUUGAACUCUUAGAAUUUACUAUUGAGUGGUGAUAAUCUUUUCCAUUCUUUUUUCCCUUUAUUUGAGGUUUUGGGGGUUUUGGAAGGUAAGAUUAGGUUGGUGGAGAAUUCUUUCCAUUCCUUUCUUAUCUUUCCUCUGUCUUGCCUGUAAAGUGAAUUUUGAUAGCACGAAAGGGAUGUACUGAACUGUUGUAAUUGGUAUAAGCAAAGGCCAACAUUUUCAUUGUUUCA